GUUCGCUUUCAUAGCAGCAGUAACAGCAGCGGGAGCUAUCAUCUGAUAGUUUGCUUGCAGCCGGUUCAAGUUGGCAAUGUCACCCAAGCUGAUUUGAGACGCAGACAUUUUUGCUGACUGGAGUCAGGCUAUCUUUUCCAGUUUGCUGGAAUAGACACAGACACUGAUUGGGUCAUGCUGAAAACAUUCCAGUCCUAUGAAGCAAGUCUGUUUGUAUAUUUUAGGUUUGGCAGGACUAAUGAAUUAAAAAUCUUGGACUCUUGACAGUUCACCGCUUUAAUAAUGCCUCUGAUGGAAGGAUUUUUUGCCCCAUGAAGCAUGACAACACUGUAAUCCUUCGUUGUUGGAAAGGAAGGGAAGGGAAGAAACGGUGAAAUUGUGAAGGGAAACGGAAAAGGGUGGUCCUCAGGGACUGAAAAGCCUAUGGGAAGUGCAGGUAGCAGCAUGUUGCCCUGACAGCUGUUUCAACUUCUCAGACCUUGUCAGUUGCUGCUAUGUAGCAGGUGCAGCCUUUUCUUCUAUUGAAUCUUUACUCCAUAAAGGCAGCGACAAGCCAAGGCAGUGGCUGGCCCUGGAUUAUACAAGUGCAGACACUACUAAGUGAGCUGGAACACAUAAGUAAACGCAUAGGCUCAAGUGCCCACAUGAUCACCACCGCAAGGGUACCUGCUGAUAAACCGAUACGAAUUGCCUUCAGUCUAAAUGACUCCGCAGAUGAUACACCCCCUGAGAAUGCUUUUCCUUUGGCUUUUCCAGAUUUAGAAAAGCAGCUCCAGCCUCUACCUCCUUGCCAUGACUCAAAGGAAUCUAUGCAGGUGUUCAAACAGCACUGCCAAAUAGCAGAAGAAUACUAUGAAGUCAAAAAGGAAAUUGCACUGCUUGAAGAAAGAAAAAGGGAGCUGAUCUCUAGGCUAGAUCAAGCUGAGAAAGAAAACAUGGAUGCUGCUCAGCUAACUAAGGAGUAUGCAGACCUGACAGAAGAGAACCGGACACUGAAGCUGGCCCAGACGCAAUGUGUCGAACAGCUGGAGAAGCUUAGAAUACAGUAUCAAAAGAGGCAAGGAUCGUCAUAACUUUGAAUGAACCUGUCUGAGCCAAAAAAAUCUGGGCUCCCGUUCUGUGCUAGGCAAGUGUUCCCCCUCCAAGGUUUCCUCUGAUAUGUUGGAACACUUCACUUGCAGAAUAUGCAAAUGUCUAAAAUGGAUUUAAUGCUUGCCAGCCACUAGCUUAAUAUGUAUAUUUUUAUUUGUUAUAUAAUAGAUAUUUUAUUUCAAGGAACAUAAUUGAAUGCUUAUCUAUCCCCAUUCUAUGUUCAAAUGGAUCAGUCUGAAUAUAUUUCUUCCAAUUUUAGGAAGAUACAAGCACACUAGAAACUGAUUUGAAUAGUCUCUGUGUUGGGAAGUGGACCAUACUAAGGCAUAUUAGUAGGAACACUGUUAAAUAUGGGGAACACGGGAGCACACGCCUGUUCUUUCAUGAACCUAAACAGCUUAUGGGAGAAAAACUAGUUCGUUUAUCUGACAAUAUGUGCCAAUGGGCAGUCAUACACUGAAUAACUUUUAAAAACUAGUAACAUGGCACCUUAAUCACUUUCUUUAAAUAACUAUUGCUGUAAUCCUAUACAAAGUUACUGGGACUAAGUCCUAUUAUGCUCAUUGGGACUUUCUUCUGAGUAGACUUGCAUUGGAACGCACUGCAAAUUGGCAACAGUGAUUUGUACAACUUUGAUGUGGCAAGGAAAUGGAAAAGUGCACAUUUCCUUGUACAGUACUGUACCAAUCUUAACGUUUUCCUUGAAAGUGAGCCCCAUUGAUCUUAAUCUUACCUUAAUGAGCUUGUAGUCCUUCCAAGAGGGGGCCUUUCAGUGACAGGACUUGCUUCUCAACAGUGGCGGAGGAACCCUCUCCUUCACCUGGGGCACUGCAGUCCGUAUGGGCUGCCACUUGCACAGCGACCGUACAGGCUGCCAUGCACGCGCAGUCUGUAUGGGCUGCAGCUUGCACGGCGACUGUACAGACGCCUCACGAGCACGUCCAUAUGGACUGCAGGCGCCCUCGACUGCUCUACAGCUGGGGGGAGGCAGGGGCCAUCUUGUCACCCCUCCCAGAGUGGCACCCAGGGCGGACUGCCCCCUCCGCCCCCCCCUUCCUACGCCACUGCUUCUCAAUAUAAGUAUGCUCAGAAUCAGAAUGUUUAUGUAAUCCAAAUUAAUACUAAUAAUAAUAAUUUUAUUUUUUAUACCCUGCCCAUCUGGCUGGGUUUCCCCAGCCACUCUGGGUGGCUUACAGCACAUAUAAAACA